GGGAGACAGAGAGAGGGAGGAGGGUCGCGAUAACAACGUUUGUCCUUCUUGGACUCAGUUUUGUGACCAGCUGACGAGCAGAACUGGCGACGGACGAAGAAACUUGAGACAAUCACAUCGAUAUCCGGCAUUCAGAGGCUGACUGAAGAUCAGACCUAGUUCCCCCCUCGCUUGGUAUUUGGGAAUUGCGUUUCUCUCUGCCUUCCUGCUCCUUGGUCCCGCCGCUUGGCAUUCACCUGAGAUCAUUUUCAAACGAAAUCAGCAAGGGUGUUCAACCCUUCGUGGGAAACUGAAUGAGACUCUUUGCAAGAGGAGUGGGAAAAAAACCAGCAGAGAGGCGCUUGGUGAGAUAGAGGUAGAUACUAGGCAGUGUGAAAAAAAAAGGAAGAAAGAGUGACUGACACCUGCCCUCCAGCUCAGCGUGAAGGGCAUAGGACGGGAGAGUGACAGGAGGGGCAUGAAAAAAGGGAAAACAGAAUGAAGACAACCGGAAAACAAGGCCUGCCUCACAGCAAACCUUGCUCAAAUUAGUACAUCUCACCAGAAGACAAAAUGAUUACAAGAAAUCUUCUCCUAUUGGUUUCCCUGUGCCUGUGGGAGGGGCUUGUCGGAGGCCAUGCCUCGGCCAGUAAAAUUGCCCAUAGGAGAGGAGUGGGCGGAUCGCACAUGGUGAAGCAAGGGGAGAGCAAAGCUGCGGACCAGUGGGAUGCAAGCGUGGAUGCAAAUACAAUGCCUGUGGUGACUCUUAGAAACCUGAUUAGUUAUGAGCAGGCGGGUGACACUGGAACUUUUACUUAUUCCAAAAUAUUGCAGAAUCAUGCAGGUUCAUUAGUAGCUAACAAUGAGAGGAAAGCUUUCAAGCCCAAACGUGAGGUUGACUCUGUCAGCAAAAAAGAAGUGACUCUGCACAUGUUAGCCAAUAACAAGGAGGUAAACCAGGAUGUGAGGAGAGUUAAGAACAGCACCAAGAAUGAGGCUUCUACCAAAACAGGAAAGUCUGAGAAAAUAUUCACAAUCCAUCACAAGCCAGAUUUACACACCAACCGAACCAGGACUAAACCAGGCUCUAGAUCUAGGAGCAGACCUGAUUUGAGUGUCCAUACUACAGGUGUGCCAGGAAAAGGAUUUAGCAUAGAUUCAAACCGAAAGCUGAACCUCACUGGCAGCUAUGGGGUUCUGAAGUUGCUGUCAAAAGAGAACCUAGUCAGGAUUGUCAAUUCCCAAAUGCAGAGUGUUCCUAGCCUAAGCUUUUCGAGCAAGGGCAGCCGGAGCAGGAAGAGAGAUUUGAUUGACGUUAAUCACAGACAGUUAGAGGCUCAGAAAGUGCAGAGACCAGAUAUAGCUGUCACUCAGUUUCACAUUGAAUUUGAUAAUCAGACCGCAUUACCUUAUGUAAGCCCAGUCACCACCCCAGAUCUUAAUCAAGACAAGGAUGACAACACUCGUAUUAAUCAGCUAAGUGAAGUCAACCCAUCUUUAAGUAAAGGGCAGGGCAACUUGGGAAUGGAGAGCUCAGAUAGUGGUGAUAGCAGGACCAAACACUUCAUCCGUUUACUGUCAACACCUCGCAGCGAGGUCAGUUUCAGCCCCGAGAAAGAAGUAAUAACCAGCCAAACGGAACCGCCAUUUACAUCAACAAAACAUUUCCCGCUGCAUGUACCCUCAGAAACAAAUGAUUCUCCACCGUCUAUGCUGACAAUGCAACCCCUGGGAGUAAGACCGGGGAGCAGUGCAGCAGAUUCCCAUAGAGACCCAUUAACAGAGUCAGUUCACACUGCUCAAACAGAACUCAGCACAACUCGGUACCCUGCAGAUGAAGACCACAAACUUGACAACAACAGUCAUAUCCUGAGGCUUCACCCGGCUCCCGAAUGGAGCCAUGAUACAAAAGAUACUGGGACGGAAGAUGUUGAUCCAGAAAAUGGGAAGGGCCUUGUGUUUGAAGAAGCAGAGUCAGAGGUGGAAGAGGAGGUGCGUGACAGAAUGGAAAGAAAGGGGUCACGCUCUCGCAGCAGGAGGAGCUGGAUCUGGAACCAGUUCUUUGUGAUUGAAGAAUAUGCUGGGCCUGAACCUGUGCUUAUUGGACGGCUCCACACCGACAUGGACAGGAAUGAUGGACGCACUAAGUAUGUCCUGCGAGGCGAGGGUGCGGGCUCGGUCUUUGUGAUAGAUGAGAAGACUGGUAACAUCCACGUCACCAAGCCACUGGACCGUGAAGAGAAGGACGAGUACCGUCUCAUAGCCACGGCUACCGACAGGCAGACUGACCGUGCCCUGGAGCCCUCGUCACAGUUCAUAAUUCGGGUGCAGGACAUCAACGACAACCCGCCUGUCUUUGAUGAAGGCCCCUACAUCGCCACCGUACCUGAGAUGGCAAAUAUAGGCACGUCAAUAAUCCAAGUGACAGCGACAGACGCUGAUGAUCCAACUUAUGGAAACAGCGCCAAGCUAGUAUACACACUGGUGCAAGGCCAACAGUAUUUCUCUGUCGAUCCCCAGACAGGUAUUCUACGUACAGCUGUACCUGACAUGGACAGGGAGACCCAGGACCAGUACCUGGUGCUGCUUCAGGCCAAAGACAUGGGAGGACACUUGGGUGGAUUGUCAGGGACCACCACCGUCACUGUCAAGCUCACUGACGUCAACGACAACCCUCCACGCUUCACCCAGAGUAUGUGGUCCUUCUCUGUUUCUGAGCUGGCCAUCCCGGGGGCUGAGAUCGGGCGCAUCUCAGCGACUGACGCCGACCUCGGUGAGAAUGCCAAGCUGGAAUACACCAUCCUGGAGGGAGAGUCCGGGGACACAUUUAACAUCACCGGGGUGAACCAAGAGGCAAUCAUCACACUCAACAAGGCAGUAGACUAUGAGAGCCGGAGCUCCUACUCCUUUUCUGUGGAGGUCCUGAACCCCAUAGUGGAUCCUCGCUUCUUGCGUCGAGGCCCCUUCAAGGACCGGGCCUCCAUCCGAGUAGCAGUGCUGGAUGCCGAUGAGCCUCCGAGGUUCUCCCGAGCCCAGUACCACAUGGACGUGUCUGAAAACUGCCCACCAGCCUGCACUGUCGGCAGAGUGAGCGCUGUAGACCCUGAUACGGGUCUUACCAAUAAUAUCAGGUUCUCCAUUGAUCCUCAGUCAGACCCAGAAGCCCUGUUUCGUAUCACCCCAGACACGGGCCUCAUCACCACAGCCAUGGAACUGGACCGGGAACGCGAGCACUGGCACAACAUUACUGUCAUUGCCACCCAGAGAGACAAUCCCAGCCAGGUGUCCAGAGUUGUGGUUGCAGUAGAAACAUUAGACUUGAAUGACAACGCACCCGAACUGGACAGGCAAUACACUACAGCCAUGUGCGACUCAUCCUCCAUCGGGCAGGUGGUGCAGGUGUUGCGAGCGAUUGAUAGAGAUGAGGGAGGGAAUGACAGCACAGUGUAUUUCAGCAUCCCUCCGGAGUCCAGCGCUGCCCUCAACUUCAGCGUCAGGGACAGUGGUGGCCCCACAGCCAGCCUGGUUCUCCUGUCCCAGCUCCAGCCACUGUCCCGCUCUGCUUCCUCUACUCUGACGCUCUAUGUGCCGCUGGUACUGAGGGACGGGACAUCAGGCCUCACGAGCACUGGGACGGUCACCGUGUCCGUCUGUCCCUGUCUGAGAGGAGGAGCUCGGGCAGGGGAGAAAGAGAAGGACAAACAGACCGAGGGCGAGUGGGACUGGGAAAGAGAGGCAGUGUGUCUCCCUCAGCAGUCCACACUGCCCUCCCCUGGGCUCAGUACCGCUGCCCUGCUGGCUAUCCUGGCUUGUGUCGCCACACUAUUGGCGGUGAGUGCCCUGUCAUUGUCGUUGCGCCGUCAGAAGCGUGACUCCUUGUCACCGCUGGAGGAGGACGACGUACGAGAGAACAUCAUAACGUAUGAUGACGAGGGCGGGGGCGAGGCGGACACUGCUGCCUUUGACAUUGCCGCACUCCAGAGUGCCCCGCACAGCUCACGCUCACGUGGCUAUCGCACACUGGACAGUAGGAAUAUACGUUACGCCCAUCGUAGCCAAGACAAAGCUCGCACCUAUAGCUGGACUCAGAAUCCAGGUGUGGAUCACAACUACACAGGACCAGGAGGACCCCUCUAUGGUCGCCUCUGUUAUAGCAGCCACACGUUACCUGUCCUCCGUCGCACACCAGGCGGAACAUUUGAACCAGGUCUGGCAGAGCUGGGAUAUCGCUUUCCUGGAGGCCAGCCAGACCACUCUCUGGUAAUCCAGAACCAAGGGGCCAUGGCAGGGGCCAUGGAGUCUGGUGCUGUGUACAUAGCUCCCACAGACCUCAGCACUGGAAGCCGAACGGGGAGUCGCACAGGAAGCCGUGACGGGACUGCACCCCUAAGCGGAGUGAGCACGUCAGAUGGCGGAACUCCGCGGACCACUGACAGCCAGGAGAGAGGAGGGGGGACAGGAACAGCAAGCAACUGUACAGAGGGGAGCAGUGUGGACAAAAUGAGCCACAGUCAAGAUGUGGACUGGGUGCAGUCGGAGACAUUACCCAGGGAGCAUAACCUCGUCAUGACCCGAUCUGGCUCCAUGAUGGGCCAGGGUCACGGUGCAGGAGGCUGGGUGUGCGAUUCGGCUACCCUCCCCAUGGCAGGACGCAGAGCCUCCCGCGCCGGCUUGUCUCCAAAACGCACAAGCUCUGGCCAGGCUGAAUCUGACUCCAGCGCAGGAGGAGGCAGUGGAGGAGGAGGGGGAGGAGGAAGUGGAGGUGCAGGUGGAAAUGGAAGUGGGGGCACCUCCAUAGAUGGACAACAGCAAUCUGCCAGUGGACACAACUAUGCCACUGGGCUGCAGGGGGAGGUAUCUGGACAGAGGGACUACCCUGGCAGUUUGGGAAGAGGAGGACUGGAGAUGGGGAGCAACUUUGUGGUGGCGAGGCCAGACAGGGAGGGUGGAGGGAUAUCAUCUGUCUACCCAGAAGCAGCUGGCUUUGUUGGUGACUGGCAUGAUCGGGUGGGUCUGGCAGGGUAUGUUUUGGGCAGGAGGGAUAUGACCCCCCAGCUUUUUCCCUUCCCGGGGCAGCCUCGGGGAACAUACAGUGGAGGAAUGGGCUUUGGGGCCAGCUGGGUUCCAGGGAUGGAGGCUAUGAGAGGACCACCAGGGCCUGGAGGUCCCUCCUUGGCACUGAGGGUGGGUGAGUUCCUACGCCUACGUCUUGCCCAGGUCACUUUUGACCCAUCGCAGCCACCUUACGACUCUGUGCAGGUGUAUGGUCUGGAGGGCACAGGGUCCCGGGCCGGAUCUCUCAGCUCGCUCGAGAGCGAAGGAGAGAAAGAUACAGAGAAGGAGGAGUGGGGGACAGGGCUGGAAGAGUGGGGUCCCCGGUUCCAAAAAUUAGCCCAACUCUUCAAAGACAGGGAGAAAGAAAGGGAAGAGAAGGGAAAAGUCGAAGAGGAUACCAAAAAGGAGAAGGAAAAGAAAGAGGAGCCAGAAAGAAAAGAGAAAAAAGAGGGAGAACAGGUUGGAGACGAGGGGAAAGACUGAGGAAGAAUAAAAAUGAAACAAAUAGGGGCAAAGGGGUAAGAGAGGAACAGAGGGAAUAGGAGGUUGAUGAAAAGGCAACCAGAGCUAGAAUAAUGUGAAGAGAAGUUAAAGGAGAGAAAGAUGAAGAGGCAAAGUAAUAAAAAGAGACAGAGAAAAAUGAGCCUAGGGAGGAUGGAGAAUACGAGGGCAGGGGAGGGAGUGAUUGAUGUAAUUUAAAGCAAUAAGUGUUGAAACGCUGAUAUGGUUGAGCACAGAUACUGAGACAAUGCAGAGGCUGCUUCUGCUCGGGGCAGCAACAAUUUGUUAAACGCUUUGGACAAAGAAAAACAACCCAAACAUCCAAGACUCGAUUUAAUUCAGCUCUCACGUAUGGAAUGAGAAACAGCAGGAAACAAGAAGGAAGACGUUUCUCGUUGCGUGUCGGCCUGCUCUUUGAGUCUGCAUGUGUGUUUGUGUGUUGGAAAAGCCAGUGAGGGAAUAUGGAUGAGCGAGCAAAAGUGCAUAUAAACAACCGAAUGUGUGAGUGUAUAUGUGAGCAUAUUCAACAAAGACUGGAGCAAGAGUAGCAGGGAGAAAGCAUGGUACACAGAGACACUUUAAAGAUGAAACUGAUGACUGAUGGCCUAUAAGCUGCAACAUUAGUUUUCGGGACGACAUGCAAGAGUAAACAUUUAACGAGGAAGUUUAGAAACUAGGAUAACAUGCAGGGGAUAAAGUAUAUAUUUGAAUUGAAAGUGAAUGGGAUAAGGGAUGGUGAUAUAGCGAGAGAAACUGUCGGAGAAAAGAGACGAUUGUACAGAAUCUGUUAAUUUUUAUUCCAUCUGCAGUGGCAGAAAAGUGAAUUAUUCAGCUCACUUCAUUCCAAAUGAAAAUGAUGAAUCAUUUAAAUCCUGCAAAAGAUUCUCCCUCCUCUCAGCCCGCAAGGAAAACAGACAUUGUGAAAAAUUAAAAUGAUUUAAGGAUGCGAUCCCCCGCCCCCACCCCACACCUCUCUCAUCCCCCUCCAGCUUUUUGUAAUGAAGUGUUGGUAUGUUUACAAAGAUUCACACACAAACACACACACAGACACAAAAGAACUGAUCAACACCACAAGGCUUUGAUUGUACUACAGUAGAUUAUAAAAGCAAAACCAUCUACAAGUAUUCCAGCUAGUAUAUGGGCAAAGGAUGACUCCAUUACUGGAUUCUUAAAUGUUUUUAUUGAAGAAGUCUCCUAUUUUUUAUGCGUACCCCUGUGGUCACACUUGGCACAUCUUGAGGACAAAGUAUGCAUGAUUUUUGAAAACAGCAACAAUAAAUAAAUAAAUUUAAAAAAAUAAUAAUUUAAAGGCAAUCAAUUCCAUUUUGAACAUUCGUAACGCCCAAAUGAAAAUUUCCAUAGAUCUGUAAUGAAAUUAUCAGAGAACAACACCCGCAGAGACUCCCGAGACAGGCUUUUUGUUCUUGUAAAAGGUCAGGAUGCAAAUGAGUUUUCAGCUGGAAUGCACUUUUAUACUGUGUGAUGUUCAAUAAUAGAUAAUAACGUCAAAGAUUACAGUUGUUUUAUAAGAUGUCAAGUAAAGAAAAAGAUACAAUGUUUGACUGUAUGUAAAAGCAUUUCAAAUGUAAAUACCACUAAAUAUUAUUGCUAAAAGAGAGUGUAUAAAAUGAAAAAUGAGUAAAAAAAAAAUCAAAAACAGAACUCACUUGUCCAAAUGGAGCACUGUUGGGACUAUCUGUAUGUACUGUAGAUUAGAAACUGAUUAACUCAGCUGAAUUUAGCAGCUUUCUGGACUGAAAACAACACCAUGUAUCUGUGUAGUAAGUGAACGGGUUUGGGUCUGUUUUGUGGUAGCUGAGGACUGGGUUAUAAAUGUGGCCUCUGGCAGAAGUUUGUUGUGCAAAAUAUUAGUUACAGGGAGCCUCAGGACUUGCCUGUCCCAGCAAGGAUGAAAAUCCAAUGGAGUGAGGAGAAAUUCCCCUAACAAGCAUACAACAAAGAUUCUGCAUUUUCCACAAUAUCUGGAUUAUCACUCUGCAAAGGUAAUAAAAUAUACUAAAAUGGAAUAUGUAAUAUGUUCCGAGAACAGCUCUGUUAUUAGUGUUGCAUUGCCUGAGAGUUUUAUAUAUAAUUACUUAACUCUAGAACUAUAAUAAAAUGUAUAUUUAAGAGUAAGUAAGUAAUAUUUGACACAAGCAUUGGAAAGUGACUGUUUAGGCAAUACUAGUCAAUUCUCUAAUUUGAAGGAAACAUAACUAACCUAAACUAUAAUGGUCAAAUUUGUUGAAUUUUUGGAAGUCAAGAGGGGAAUUUUUCCACUUGCCCUAACCUGAAUGUGAAUGUCUUUGGUGUACCAUCACGGAAAUGUCAACUUUUAUCACUGGUUCACUGUAAAGUCACUCACAUAAGUCAAGCUUCCAGCUUUGCUAGUGUCCACCAGUUUAGUCCACCAUAAUCUUGUUGUCAGGGUCUGCUACUGUCAACACAAACCCAACCAGUCAGGAAGUCGGGCUUCACACUGACCAAAAUGAAACUCAUACACACCUCUGUAUCCUUUACCUGAGCCACAGACAGACCAUACAGUGCCACUGUGGGGACUGGAUGGUAUCGGAACCAAUGUACAAGUACUGCACAAUAACUGGAGAAGAGUGGGGGGCACAGAACCUUGGGAGGAAUCUGAGUUACAAUUAAUUUUGACUGAUACAAUAUCUCAACAUGCUCAAGCUACCUAAAUCUUUCAUCAGCAGUGUAACUCACAGUGUAAUCCAAUGUGACUAAGUAUGUUAGCUAUUAGCCAAUUCCCAGCAAUAUGUGUGCUGACCUUAAAGAAUAGUUUUAGUUUAUUGAAACUUGGGUCUUAUUUUCAUAGUUUUUACCAUUAUUUCUAUCAGUUAUAACAACAAAAUGCACUACAAGUGAAUUGCUGAGAUCUGGGGCUGGGAGACGUAUCUUUAAGGAAGUCCUGUGGGGCAGAAACACAAGCUUAAAGGUUCAAAGCAACAGAAAACAGAGGUAUAUGGUAAAAAACUGUAGAAAAAAAAUCAAUGCAUCAACUACUUGCUGAAUUUGUGCAUGCACACAAUGUUCCCAGACAGGGAUUAUUGCAAACAUUUUGACCCCAUUUGCACAAUCAUUUCAUGGGCCUUGGGCAAUAAGUAGUCUGAUGAAGCAGCCUCUAGAGGUUCUGUCACUGAUAUUAAAAUUACAUUAUCUGCUGUUCUCUGUGUCAGAUUCAAGUGUGUUUAUUUUCAGAAGUAGCAUAAAUGAGACCUCAGUUUAAUUCAUUAAUGAGUUUAUGGACACGUGUUCACUAGCUAGCUAAGCCGUUAAUGUUGUAACCAAAUAUAUGGUUCAUCUCCUGGAACUGAUUAAACCCAUAAAAACUCUUUUCUGUUCCAUUAAGAAAAUCCUUCAGCCCUAAAAUUGCUAAGAUGUAACUUUUCCUCCAUAGGUAGGCAUGCAAAUAGUUCCUGCCCAUCCCUCUGCUGCUCACCUGCAGCUUCAACUCUGCCCAUCAGCAGCUUGGCUGUCUGAAAAACUGUCUGGAGUAACUUGAAAUUUAGCUAAUGUGUGAUAACACAUGAAGGUUCACCUUAUCUCCUUUUAAAACUUUGCUACCAAAAACAACACGUCUCUGCAGUGAUCUUGAAAGUAGUGAAUAUUAGCUUUCCACUGUAGCCCCACCUGAAGGUGAUGGGAUUGGUUUCUUCAGUGUAUUAUGAAUGAAACCUGAGACUGUCAUUGGUACACUGCAAUUUCAACUGACUGAGCAGUGCUCAGUCCUCGCUCUGACUGCCUAUUUUGCUCAUGAUAUAUAUAUAUAAAAAAAUGAAACAAAACAACAACAAGAAAAAAAACACCAUAUACUUGUGUUUGCAAAAUUAAAAAUGAUUUUUGCUAGACUGGUCUUCAUUGUGCCGGUGUUCUGCAGAAGCUUCCUCUAUAGCUGAAUAGGACCAACGUGUAGCUGGGCAAAACAAUAUGGAUUUUUAUCUGGAUGCAAAAUGAUUAGUCUAAGUUGAGCCUUAGGGUUUGUUCUCCUAGACAAGAUAAUUCCACAAAAUUACGUUUUUUGUUUUUUAAUCAGGUUACAUAACCUUCUUGCCCUGCCUGACUUUGCUGAAGCAAUGUUGUCAUGUUCCUUGUGCUCAACAAUGCACCAGAAGUGUACAAUGUUGUCAUGCCCCAUAGAAAUGAUGUUUAAAACUUCAAAACACAACCCAAGUUGUAAUAAACCAGGAUUUUCCUUCAAACCUAAUUUAAUUGAAGUGAAAUGUAAAACAUUUCAGAUGCAUACAGUAAACUGAUAAUAAUUUCACUGGUACACCUAAAAUGACUGCCAAAGAACUUGGAGCCAUUUUGUUAUGAAAUAAGUGUUGUCCUAAAGAGCUCUAAUGUGUUGCUUUGCCAAUGCAUCAUCUGGGCAAUGUUUUCCCUAGCAUUUAUGUGGAAUGUGCCAAAUUUCUGAGUCCCUCUGUCUCAACACACAACACACACACACACACACACACACGCACACACACACACAAGCAAACAAUCCUCAUUUUCAUAACAGUUUUGCCAAUUCUGGGGCAGCCAUUACAAAAGCAAUUAGCAUGGUAUACCAAUAAGUGACCUUACUUGCCAUCUUAAUUAUGUGGUUUCUCCCAAAGUCUUGAUUGACUCCAGGUGUUUCAACUUUGAUGGUUGGUCUAAUUCAGCGUUCUGCUUUGGCUGAUUGGUCAGAAAUCACAGUGGUGAUUCUUCUGAUUUGUCUUAUUUCAGAGUUCUGGAGUGCUGUGCUGACUAAACCACUUGACGGAGCUGAUUAUCCCACCUCCUGAGCCCGGCAAAUUGGUUCAAUCAAAAGCGUGAUUAGACGAAUCAGUUGUUUUAAAUGGAAUAAAAGCCUGCAGUCUCAGCAGCACUCCACAGUUCUUUUUCACUCUUUAAGCUAGCUUAGAUGGACCAACCCACAGUGACCGAAGAAGUGGUCCUGUCAGACCUCAUACUUAUGGGAUAAGAGCAGGUUCUGGAUACACUGAUAUGUAACUUAAAGGUUCAGGUUGAACUUCAUGAGCUCUUGACUCCAAACAGGUAAACUCCAUUAGUUCUGUGCCCCCCAGUGACUUCAUUGCUCCUGCACGAUGUUGAUACAAUUCCACAAUUGCGUGCUGAACAAAGUUUAUUUAUUUCUGUUGUACUUUUUCUUUUUGUAAAUUUGAAUAAAAAAGCAACUAU